AGGAGAGGGAGGCGCUGGCCAAGCUGCCGGUGAGGGAGCUCAAGCGCAGGCUCGACGAGAAGGGCAUCUCGAUCCCGGCCGGCACCCUGGAGAAGAAGGAGCUCGUGGACCUCCUGUGCAAGGGGCCUGGGCCGCAGAAGACGAAGGACCUGCGCAAGUUCCUGGGACGCAACGCCGCCCAGGCGGCGAAGAAGGCCAAGAGGGCCGCAAAAGCGGAGCAGAAGGCCAAGCCAGCUGAGACGCAGAACAAGAAGGAGGGCGGGAAGAAGAAGAAGCGGGGAGGCCGCCAGGAGGCCAAGGCCGCCAGGAGCCAGCGCAAGGCCGAGGCCAAGGCCGCGGCGUCCGCAGCGCC